AUGCCCUCCGACCCUAAGACUAAGAUCCGACCGCAACAAUCCUGUUUCAAAUGUCGCGAGCGCAAAGUAAAGUGCGACCGCUCUAUCCCAUGUCACGCCUGUAUAAUUCGGGGCAUUGAAGCAGAAUGCACAUACCUAACCACCCCGGAGGAUCGCGAACAUAUAGGCCAAGCGGAAAUAAUUGAUCGUCUUCGUCGCGAAGUCGCGCAACUACGCACACAGUUGACGCAGGGUCCGAAACCGAAAUCAAAACCGCUUUCCGAUCGCAAUCGCGCGCCGUAUUCGCGCCCGACGGGCUAUGUCAAGCAUGGAAGCUUACAAGAGUCUGACAAUGUUUUGAGAGGUGGUGAAGAAGUCGCGGGCAUGAUUGGGGCUGCUGGCUCUGGUGUUGGUGCUGGUGCGGGGAUCGGCGCAGGCACAGACUUUGGUGAUGCGAGUUGGUCGGGGUCGUCGUCUUCGUCAACUGGGACGAGGACGUAUUCUGCGAUGACUGUUAAUAGUCCGGAUAGCAUGGGAAGUGGACCGAGUGAAUCGCAUGCUGGAUUUUCUGCGACGACAGCGCCGUUUGGAACGCAGAUUGGCGCGGGGGAUGCUAUCUCGACAGGGACAGGGACGGGGACAGUUUUUGUUGGCGCCAGUCUUAUGGACAGUUCGUGCUUAUCAAAUUCUCAAGCUGGAGGAAUUCCAGCUUUCGCACAUGGCGAUAUCCCCGCUUCCAUUCUUAUGCAGAACAUCCACGCACAAUCUUCGGCGGAUCUAUCGAGUAUGCCUGUCGCGCAAGUUUACCAACAUGAAACACCACACAACUAUACGAUGGAAGACCAGAUCACUACACAAUACGCACAUCCCGAUCACAGUCCCGAUUAUUUACAAGGGAACCUAGAUCCUCUGAACUCAAACAUGGCUACAGUUAGCGACUACAAGCAAGCGCAAACAUAUCAUCAAGGUCAAGAGCAACAUCCACAUUAUUCACAAUGGGAGCAGGCGCAUAAUUUUGCCCCAGUACAACCAUAUGCAGAAUCGGCAUACUAUUCAUCCCCAUCGUCUAAUAAUGCAGCUGUUCAUACAACUAUGGCUCAGGAUCCAAAUCCGAACUCGAACAUUCACCACUCGCAGCAGGCACUGCAUAUCCAAAGCUCAUCAACACAUUUCCCCCUUCAUGAAAACCAUCCACUAUCUGGGGAACCCAUUCCAAGCUCGUGGAAGGUAGACGGGAAGCAGGAGCUUCUGGAAACCCUGCUUGAGACGAUUGGUAGCUGCGAAGAGGUGCGUGUGGCGCAGGUCGUGCAGGUCGUAAGGGCUAGUGCGACGCCCGAGGAGGCUGUCUCGGGCAUAUGCCAAGUACUUGGUAUCAGUGCAGUUGCCAGAUAA